AUGCUCUCGACCUCGUGGAUGGACUUGCGAGCGCGCGGGUGUGGGAUCAUGCUGGGGCUGCAAGGCUCUCGACGGCGCGGACGUAUGCGCGAGCUUGCGAGCGCGCGAGAUUGCGAGUGGCAAGGCAGGCUUGGAACGACCUCGAAUAUGGUUCGACGUACUCGGUUGACGAUGAGCAUCAUGGAUCGGUACCAGAAGGUGGAGAAGCCAAAAGCUGAAACACCGAUUGAUGAAAAUGAGAUUCGUAUUACAAGCCAGGGCAGGAUGAGGAGCUACAUAACCUAUGCCCUGACUUUGCUUCAGGAAAAGGGUUCGGAUGAUAUUGUGUUUAAGGCAAUGGGCAGAGCCAUCAAUAAAACUGUCACAAUUGUGGAGCUAAUCAAGAGGAGAAUUGUUGGUCUCCACCAAAUCACAGCAAUUCAAUCCACUGAUAUAACCGAUACUUGGGAACCCUUGGAAGAAGGGCUCCAGACUUUGGAAACCACAAGGAAAGUCUCGAUGGUCACAAUCACUCUAUCUAAGAAGGAGCUAGACAAGACAAAUAUUGGGUAUCAACCUCCGAUACCAGCUGACCAGGUCAAAGUCGCUACAGAGGUUGACUAUGAUGGAGAGGGGUCACCUUCCGUGCGAGGAAGAGGUCGGGGUGGAAGAAGGGGAAGGCCAAGAGCCCAAUCUGGCAACGGUUUUGCAUCUGGGGAGUAUGAGGAUGGAGGGUACGAGAGGAAUCGUGGAUAUGGGAGGGGUGGCAGGGGAAGAGGUAGGGCUCGCAGCUUCCGCGGGCGUGGAAGGGGAGGCUACGGUGGUCCUCCUCCUCAAGUGGAUGAUGCUGGAGCUUACAAUCAAGAUGCACCUCGAGGCCGCGGCCGUGGCAGGGGCCCUCGUGGCAGUGGUCGUGGAUUCAGAUCUAACGGGCCGGUUCAAGCUGCUGCUUGA